UUUACGGCAAAGGUGUGCGCUUUUGCGACGGCAUGACGCAAUCAGGUUUUGGCGGGAAAAGCUGUGCACUUGGAUCCCUGUGGCAGCUGGCAAAGGACUUCUUGGUGAGAAGGGCGACCUGGACGUCGCUGUGCCUGGAGUCAUGGCAGUGCCUUUUGUGGAAGACUGGGAUUUGGUGCAGACUUUGGGAGAAGGUGCCUAUGGAGAAGUUCAGCUUGCCGUGAACAGAAUAACCGAAGAAGCCGUUGCAGUGAAAAUUGUAGACAUGAAACGGGCCAUAGACUGUCCAGAAAAUAUUAAGAAAGAGAUCUGCAUCAAUAAGAUGUUAAAUCAUGAGAAUGUAGUGAAAUUCUACGGCCACAGGAGGGAAGGCACUAUCCAGUAUCUCUUUCUGGAGUACUGUAGUGGAGGAGAACUCUUUGAUAGAAUAGAGCCAGACAUAGGGAUGCCUGAACAAGAUGCUCAGAGGUUUUUCCACCAACUCAUGGCAGGGGUGGUUUAUCUUCAUGGAAUUGGAAUAACUCACAGGGAUAUUAAACCAGAAAACCUCCUAUUGGAUGAAAGGGAUAACCUCAAAAUCUCUGACUUUGGCUUGGCCACAGUGUUUCGGCAUAAUAACCGUGAACGCUUACUGAACAAGAUGUGUGGGACUUUACCUUACGUUGCUCCCGAGCUUCUAAAAAGAAAAGAAUUUCAUGCAGAACCAGUCGAUGUUUGGUCCUGUGGAAUCGUACUUACUGCAAUGUUGGCUGGAGAAUUGCCGUGGGACCAGCCCAGUGAUAGCUGUCAGGAGUACUCUGAUUGGAAAGAAAAAAAAAUCUAUCUCAAUCCUUGGAAAAAAAUUGAUUCUGCUCCUCUAGCUUUGCUUCAUAAAAUUCUAGUAGAGAAUCCAUCAGCAAGGAUCACAAUCCCAGAUAUUAAAAAAGAUAGAUGGUACAACAAACCGCUUAACAGAGGAGCAAAGAGGCCACGUGCCACUUCAGGUGGUAUGUCAGAGUCUUGUAGUGGGUUCUCUAAGCACAUUCAUUCCAAUUUGGACUUUUCUCCCAUAAAUAGUGGUUCCAGUGAAGAAAACGUGAAGUUCUCCAGUUCCCAGCCAGAGCCACGGACAGGGCUUUCCUUGUGGGACACUGGUCCCUCGAAUGUGGACAAACUGGUACAGGGCAUCAGUUUCUCCCAGCCUACGUGUCCUGAUCAUAUGCUUGUAAACAGUCAGUUACUUGGCACCCCUGGAUCCUCACAGAACCCCUGGCAGCGCUUGGUGAAAAGGAUGACACGAUUCUUUACUAAAUUGGACGCAGACAAAUCUUACCAAUGCCUGAAGGAGACCUUUGAGAAGUUGGGCUAUCAGUGGAAGAAGAGUUGUAUGAAUCAGGUCACUGUAUCAACAACUGAUAGAAGAAACAAUAAGUUGAUUUUCAAAAUAAAUUUGGUAGAAAUGGAUGAGAAGAUACUGGUUGACUUCCGGCUUUCUAAGGGUGAUGGACUAGAGUUCAAGAGACACUUCCUGAAGAUCAAGGGGAAACUCAGUGACAUCGUGAGCAGCCAGAAGGUCUGGUUUCCUGUCACCUGACGGAGCUGUCAGCUCUGCACAUCCCUGGGGAUAGAGUGCUGCUAUGUGACAUUUUUCUUCCUAGAGAAGAUUAUCCUAGUCUGCAAACUGCAAACCAUAGUUGUUGAAGAGUUCUCUUCCCAUUACCUACGUAUCUUCCAAUUCUCGGUGUUUUGUAUACAAACACUACUGUAUUUUAAUUGUAUGUAAUACUUUGGGGGAAAGGAUGGGUCAAAUUCAUUAGGUAUCUCUCCAGCCGUGUUUCAGUUGUCUGGAUUUGAAACCAAGUUUUGGGAUACACAAGUUUGCCAGCUUUUAUACCAAUGUAGUAUCACUUUGGAAAAAUCAAAAGUUUGUUUCAUCCCAAGCAAAAUACUUCUCUGCCUGUUUAAUUGUAAGGAUGAAUAAACACAGACCGUGUACAGUUGAUUGGUUUAUGAGUGAGGCCAGCCACAAAAAGUGUAUCUUAAUGUACGCACUAUAUUUUCAGCUUGGGUGUAUGUGUUGCACAAGGACUCAACUAAUUAUAGAACUGUUUUUGAGUUACAAUGCGUAAAAUGGAAGGUUUUCCUCCCAGUAUACCUAGUCAAAUAUAAAGCCUGAUUUGUUCCGGUUUUCACGAAGUUGUGCAUAAGCUCUCGUGCCUAAGUGACUUUAAAAAUGACACACUUAAACAGUUUUUCCUACACUCACAGCCAUAUCUUAACUACUCUAGUAAUAAACUGUUUCCAAAAUCAAUAUCUAACUCUGAACUUACUGGCCACCAGGUUUCUCGAUGACACUGACUAAAAGGGAAUGGGGGAGUAAGGAGAUGCAGGAACUGGCCUGCUCCUUGUUCCUAACCUUGUUUCUCACCGUGUAGACUCUCUAGAACUUUGUUUUGUUCAUAAAAUUUAUAUUAAAAUAUGAGUAUAUGAUUAGGUCCUGUAUUCCUUUUUCCAACAUUAGUCUGAAGCCCAGAACAGUUAAAAUUUUAUGGCUAAUUUUUUUUUUUCACAUGUUGGUGUGUGCUGUGCUCACCCACUUACCUCUCCCCUCCUCAGAAGUAAACUUGAACCUCAUCUAUUCCGUCUCCUGAUUCCCACUGUCAUACCACCAUGGUUAAAGUCAGCCAUCUUGUUAAAAAUCCCUCAGUAGUUUCUUUUUCAGAAAAGCUGUCAGAAUGGUCCUUUUGAGGUGUGAGUGAGAUCCCUGCCCAAGUCCCAGUGUUUAUGACUUUUCUUCACACUUAUAAUCCCAAGUCUCAUCUGUGCCCUACAGUUUUAUGUCAUUGUCAUCUUCAUCUGAUGGUAUGCAGUACUGUCUCUGAGCCUGUAUCAAGUCCUGAUUGCCUCCCGCCAUUGGCACCUGCUCACUGAAUUGCCUAGGUCUCCACGAUUUUGAAUAUUCUUGUACUUCAUAUAGGUAGAAUUGUAUAUUUGUCUCUUAGUGUUUGCCUUACUUCAUGCAACUAUGUUAUAACAUGUCAGGUUUUAUUCCUCGAGGUGAUUAAUACUUCAUAGUAUGUGUGUGUGGGGGUGUGUACGUAUACCCUUUCAUAGGAUCAUGUAUGUUUGGAUUGUUGCCACCUUUUGUCGAUGUAAAUGAUACUGAUGUGAACACAAAUAUAUCAAUACCUGCUCAA